GUUCGCUGCUGCAGAGUUCACGUCUCUGCCUGCAGCAGCUCGUGCAGUGGAAGAGGCUCGAUGGUGUCGCGUCAUCACUUGAGGCGUUACCGGGCUUCACGGAGAUUUAAUAACGAUUUGGAUACAAGACCAGGGUGGUCCAUUACUAUCCCUUCAUAGAAACAUGGCUGAGCCUGAACUCCUGUUGGACUCCAAUAUUCGCCUUUGGGUUGUGCUGCCUAUUGUGUUCAUCACUUUUCUGGUUGGAGUGAUCCGCCAUUAUGUCUCAAUUCUGUUACAAAGUGACAAGAAGCUCACAUUAGAGCAGGUUUCAGACAGUCAGGUUCUAAUCAGGAGCAGAGUGUUACGAGAAAAUGGAAAAUACAUCCCCAAACAAUCUUUCUUGAUGAGAAAAUUCUACUUUAAUAAUCAAGAGGAUGGGUUUUUCAAGAAGACCAAAAGAAAGGUGGUCCCACCCUCUCCGAUGACUGAUCCCAGCAUGCUGACUGACAUGAUGAAAGGCAAUGUGACAAAUGUUCUUCCAAUGAUUCUUAUUGGUGGUUGGAUCAACUGGACCUUUUCUGGAUUUGUCACAACAAAGGUACCUUUUCCUCUCACACUUCGGUUCAAGCCAAUGCUGCAGCAGGGAAUUGAGUUGCUCUCACUGGACGCGUCCUGGGUGAGUUCAGCAUCUUGGUACUUCCUGAAUGUCUUUGGUCUCAGAAGCAUGUAUUCUUUAAUCCUGGGACAAGACAAUGGUGCAGAUCAGUCUCGUAUCAUGCAGGAGCAGAUGAGUGGUGCUGCAAUGGCAAUGCCUGCAGACACAAACAAAGCUUUCAAGGCUGAAUGGGAGGCAUUGGAGUUGACUGACCACCAGUGGGCCUUAGAAAAUGUUGAGGAGGAUCUAACGAGCAAAGACUUGGACCUGUCUGGGAUAUUCAGCAAUGACUUGCCAACGGGCAUCUUCUAAGUACCUGUCCACUACUGAGAGGUUUUGGAUGACCUUACCACAUCUGAAUAGUAGUGACUUGAUGAAACUAUUGGACAAGCUUUGGAAGUGAUAGAAAACGUAUGAUUUUUUUCCUAGAAAGUGUCAUAAACCUCAUUGUAGACAUUGCAUUUAAUGUAGUAUGCAUGCACCAUUCCUUCCAUUGUAUUUUUGUUUUUUGUUUUUCUCGGACACAUUAUGUAGUCUGACAGAAGGUUAUUUUAUCUUAAAAUUGUAUGGUUUGUCUUGCAUCUGCACUCAUAAAAUGCAACCGUAACGUUUGCAGUGCAUCCCAUAGUGUAGCAUGUGGCCAGGUUUUCUUGAAAACAUUCCCUAAUUAUUAAUUGUGUGUCAGUGUCAUUAUUUUUGUUUUAACGUUAAGAUGUGUACAUUUUAUUUGUUUUAGUAGCCCUGCAUUCUUAAUCUGAUAUAACCACAUGAUUGUUUGGACCAAGUAGGCAAAUUGGAAGUUUUAGGAAGAAAUUACAUUUAAAUAAUGGACCAGUCCAUAACUUAGAUUCAGUUACAUAAUAGUAUAUGUUACUGUACAUUGUUUUGUUUUUGUAGAUGCUUUCUUUUGCUGCCAGUUAUCCACCAUGCACUGAGUGUGUAGUGAAAAAAUACCUUUGGCAGUCAAACAGUGAAUUCAAUAGUUUUUUUUUCGUGUAGAAAAGAUUUAUUGGCAUGUUUAAUAUUUAUUUGACUUUCUUUUCUUUUCCUUUACAUUUUCAUCUUGAGUUUUGUAAAAUAAAAUGUCACUACAUAAAAAAAAAAAAAAAUGCA